CGCGCGCGAGAGAGAGCGCCGUCGGUUUAGCUCGCUGUCAGCGCCGCUCUUGUGCUGCGCUCCCCGCCCUCGCCUCCUCGCGUUGUGCCGCGUCUCGCACCCGGUCUCCUCACAGUCCGGCGGCGGCUCCGUUACACGGAGGUCGGUUCCCGGUUCCCGUUUCCGUCUCCUCACCGCGGGGUGCCCCCCGCGAUCCUUCCUGCACCCCCCCCCCCACCACCACCCCUCGCCGCACCCCGCAGCUCGCCACGGCCUCUCCCCGCACCCUCGGCGAAGGCAGCGCGGGCCCCGCCAGCGGCACUCGGAUAAUUACCUAGGCUUCAAAAUGGACUUGAUGAAGAAGAGUCCCCCAGAACAUUAAUUUGAACAAUAACUAUUGCUGUUACUAAUUUCACUGGUUGCUGGACUAGUGGAAUUACUUGUUAACUUCCAAGCCAAUGAUGCAAUUGUGUUUUGUUUCCUGCUGUCACGGAGGGGAAUAUAAAUGAAGAAUGAUGUGAUAUUUAUGCAUUUUGUGUACAGACCCAUAAGGAUCAUCUCUAAGGAGCUGCAGUAAGGCAAACACCGAGUAAUUUUUUUCUGGUACAAUGUGGUGAAGCAAAGGAACUGAAAUUGUCCACUUUUGUACAGUAUAAGGACUUAAAAUGUUCGUUAUUUUGUGAGCAGAAGCAGUUCUGGAGUGAAUUGAACUUCUGAAAAUGCGGCCAUGGACUGGUUCCUGGCGUUGGAUCAUGCUCAUCCUCUUCGCUUGGGGAACUUUACUCUUUUAUAUUGGUGGACACUUGGUACGAGACAGUGAGCACCCUGAUCACUCUAGUCGUGAAUUAUCCAAGAUACUUGCUAAACUUGAACGGUUAAAGCAGCAAAAUGAAGACUUAAGGCGGAUGGCAGAAUCUCUCAGGAUACCAGAUGGCCCUAUUGAUCAGGGACCAGCUGCAGGAAAGGUACAUGCUUUAGAAGAGCAACUUUUAAAGGCCAAAGAACAGAUAGAAAACUAUAAGAAGCGGACAGGAGAUGUAGGAGGCCUUGGAAAAGACCAUGAAAUAUUGAGGAGGAGGAUUGAAAAUGGGGCUAAGGAACUUUGGUUUUUCCUCCAGAGUGAAUUGAAGAAGCUGAAAAAUCUAGAAGGAAAUGAACUGCAAGGACGCAUUGAUGAAUUUCUGUCUGAUUUGGGUCAUCAGGAAAGGUCGAUAAUGACAGACUUGUACUACCUCAGUCAAACAGACGGAGCAGGAGAUUGGCGAGAAAAAGAGGCCAAAGAUCUAACAGAUUUGGUACAGAGGAGAAUAACUUAUCUACAGAACCCGAAGGAUUGCAGCAAAGCGAAGAAACUUGUGUGUAAUAUCAACAAAGGCUGUGGCUAUGGUUGUCAGCUUCAUCAUGUAGUCUACUGCUUCAUGAUUGCUUAUGGCACUCAGAGAACACUCAUUUUAGAGUCUCAGAACUGGCGCUAUGCUACCGGUGGCUGGGAGACUGUAUUUAGGCCUGUAAGUGAGACGUGUACUGACAGAUCAGGUACCACCACUGGACACUGGUCAGGUGAGGCUAAUGACAAGGAUGUUCAGGUGGUGGAACUUCCCAUUGUUGACAGCUUACACCCACGGCCACCGUAUUUACCGUUGGCUGUCCCUGAAGACCUGGCUGAUAGGCUAAUUCGUGUCCAUGGGGAUCCUGCGGUGUGGUGGGUCUCGCAGUUUGUGAAAUACUUGAUACGUCCACAGCCUUGGUUAGAAAAAGAAAUAGAGGAAGCCACAAGGAAACUUGGUUUCAAGCAUCCAGUGAUCGGUGUUCAUGUUCGAAGGACAGACAAAGUAGGAACAGAAGCAGCAUUUCAUCCCAUUGAAGAAUAUAUGGUACACGUUGAGGAACGGUUUGAACUGCUUGCUCGCAGAAUGCAUGUUGAUAAAAAAAGAGUGUAUUUGGCUACAGAUGACCCUUCACUGUUGCAAGAGGCAAAAUCCAAGUAUCCAAAUUAUGAAUUUAUCAGUGAUAACUCCAUAUCCUGGUCAGCAGGACUUCAUAACCGUUACACUGAAAAUUCCCUAAGAGGUGUUAUUCUGGAUAUUCACUUCUUGUCGCAGGCAGACUUCCUGGUCUGUACGUUUUCAUCCCAGGUUUGUCGAGUUGCCUAUGAAAUUAUGCAGACAUUGCAUCCAGAUGCUUCAGCGUAUUUCCAUUCUUUGGAUGAUAUCUACUACUUUGGGGGACAGAAUGCCCACAACCAGAUUGCUAUUUAUGCUCACCAUCCAAGAACUGCAGAUGAAAUUCCUAUGGAACCUGGAGAUUUAAUUGGAGUAGCUGGAAACCACUGGGAUGGUUAUUCAAAAGGCAUCAAUCGGAAAUUAGGAAGAACAGGCCUGUACCCAUCAUACAAAGUUAAGGAGAAAAUUGAGACAGUCAAGUAUCCUACAUACCCAGAAGCUGACAAGUAGAUUGAAAGGAAGAUUGUCAGCAGUAAUUCUCAAUUUUGAUUGGUUUGAACCAGUCAACACACUAACUAAUGGUUUCUAUGGGAUUUGAAUUUGCAUUUUAACAUGCAGUUAAAAUCAAAGCCUUUAGCAAUGAAACUGGAUAAGAACAAAUGGAUGGGCUAUUAUCUGAACUUACUCUUAAACAGUUUUUGUUAUAUGCACUCUCACACAUGCACACAAACCCACAUGCAACAGGGAAACUGUUGUUUUAUACUUUUUGUCUCUUUUCAAGAUUCAUCCCAGUCAUUAGUCUUACGUGAGCUUUGUGCUCUUUUUCUCUGCCAUUAAUUGACAAUAAUGUUCAGACUUAUAACACUGCCACAUUGUGUAAUUUGAGUGACAUGAACAUAUUUUGUAUGUACAAAAUUUAAAACAUGGUGCCUAUAUUUGAAAAAAUUGUGACCUUUUUAGAAGAGCCAUGGCUAUUUCACAAUGGGUAAGAGUCAAUCUUCAACUGGUGUUAUCAUGACCACUGAACUUGCUUCAAACAACAGAUUCCGAUUUCAGACUAGAUUUCUUUUACAAGUUUAUUUUUUAGCAUUCCACUGAUUACUUCUCAUCAUUAAUAAAAUAAAGAAUACAUCCAACAAUAAAAUAAUCACUGUCUGUUAGGAACUUUGUAAAACAAUGCCAUGAACAGAUUAUUUAGUACUGGUAAUGUUUCUGGACAUUGGGUUUUAUGGAGGGCGGGCAAAAAAUAACACAACAAACCACACAACCCACAAAGGAGAAAGUAGCUGGAGUUUCACUGAGUGAGUUUUUACACAUUCAUUAGGUAGUACAGCAGCUGCUCAGUGGCACAUCGCAGCUCCAUUCUGUGGAUGGUGGGUUUCAGCAGGAUUACUUCAAUCACUUGAUUUCUUGCAUUUAUUCUCCAGCACUGUUCUUCUUACCUUCUGUGUUUCUCUUCUGCAAACAUGUUUUUAGGGUAUUAUUAUAGAUGGCCAUUCAUCAUUUUGGCAUUGAAUGCAGUAAAAUAUUUCAGGUUAUCCCAUUUAUAGAACCUGUCAAUCUAGAGUGCUCUGAAAGAAAACCUUAAUAAUUUACCCAAAAAGUAGAUUCCAAGAAAAUAUGCAGAAGGAUAAAUUUUUAUGCAUGACAUAAAAUUGUUAGUACUUCUUAGUGUUUUGAAAUAUGUUGCUAGUCUGCUCCCAUUAAGAAAAGAGAUCAUUAACAAAACAAUUUUACAAACAGAUUUCUAGAUUUGGGGGUUAUGUGUGUAUAUAUAUAUAUAUAUUAAAAAUGUACAAGAUAUCAAGAGAUAAUUUCCAAAUAGAAAGGAUGUUAAUAGUGUUAUACAGGAUCUAGUGCAAUCCAAUCUGGAAUACUGGAAGUGAAGAAGAUGUUUACUAUUCAGACACUGAGAAAAUGCCAUAUGAGUAACAAUUUAAAAAGCAUGGCUGCUUGACCUUAACAAAGCAAAAUUUAAAAGGCUAUUUAAUUAUAUUUAUGAAUAGACCAAGGACAGAGUUGACAUGAUGAAUGGAUGCAUUUGACCAUGAAUAAAUUUUAGACUGAAAAGUAAAAGGAAGUUUAGCAAAAGUCUUCCAAUUGAAGUAGUGGUGAGUAAGACAGAACUUCAUUGGUAUGUAAAGGAAUUAACAAAGUAAUUCUCUCUGACAUUACUUGCACGACUAAUCCGCUAGAUACCUUUCAGUUACGUGGUCCUCAACCAAAAAACGGUUUUGUGUCUUAAAAAUGAAUAAGUUGAAAAUGUCUGUGGAAAACAAGUUGCCUGUUAGUAGUAUUAAAUAGACAUGUCAGAAAAAAUGAGUAUAGAUAUCAAAUGGAAUUUAAAGAUGGAUUGAAGGAUAAAGGUAAAUGAGUAAGAAUGGCUGAGACAUGCUAAAUACGAUGAAUUUUUGUGACAAAAGAUAUCUAGAUUUAACUGGUGUUUCUGUGUUUUGGAGGUACUAAGGAAGCUGUUCAAUGCUAGAUUCCUGUCUAAGUAAUUCUGAUAAGUUUUCCACUAAUGCAGCCAAACUUGUGGUAUUUCAGAGGCACAAAUGUAGGCUAUAUUAUAACUUAUUUUCACUUAAAUUUGAGUUGUACAUAUAAAGCUAUUGCUACUUUCCUUUUCAACUUGGGAAAAAAACCUCCAAACCCACAGAUAUUUCUCCCUCAACGAUGAGAUCAAUGCAUUUUCUCUUUGGGAAAAGUAAUUCAAUUAUUUCUCCACAAAAACUGCAUUAUCUAUUUGAUAUUUAUAGAUUUGGAAAAUGUUUUAUUUUUGAAGCUCUUUACUUAUAGUUUCAGAGUUUCCGGUUCAUUUCUUAGAGUGUGAAGCAGAAAUUCGUAAGUGAAUUAAUGUAUGAAAAUUCCUCCAUAGUCAGGUAACUCAACUGAAAAUGUCACUAAAGAAGACAAAUAACAGAACAUCUAAGAUGAUCCCAAAAGCAAGAGCAGAUCUUCUGAGGUAUUAACGAGACAAAAACCCUGAUGUUACAGAGGAUAUAAGUACAUAAUGUUGCAGUUUCUCAACGGAUUCUAUCUGACAAAAUAUUGACAAUGUACAUGUGCCUCCUUACAUAUUUUAAGUACCUAAUGAAUAUUUUUUUGAGGAAAUGAUCAUGGAAUGGUCUGAAAUUAUAAAAUUAUUGUUCAUAAUUAAGAAAUGUACUAAUGUAGGUGCUAUGACCUUAUUCCCCUGGGAGAUACGAUUCUCAAUUUCUUAUAAUGCUGGGGAAGACACCUAGCAAUAAGUUGCUUACAAGAUGCGUAUGUUACUAGAGAUUUGUCUCCUUUAAGACUACCAGUUGUUUUUGUCUUGGGAUCCUGGGACCUUGGGACAUUAAAACUGAAUUUAUUUUAUAUCAAACAAAAUGAAUAUUAGAGACUUUAUUCUCAGUUAUGGUGGUAUCCAGGUAGUAUGGAAGGAUUCAUGGGUAAAUGAAAAUGAGACCCCCAGAUUUUUGUUGUAGCUCACAGAAAAGCAAAAUAACGGGAAAUAAAAUUUUUUUCUUAAA